GGGAUGCGCUGUUGAGCACGGAGUAAUCGGGAAACAAUAUGGGACAGAAGGCGACCAUCGUGCACCACUGCUUCAGGGGAAUGGUAUGCACAGGAAUUGGAAAACGUGGAAUUAAAGGCGGUUCAUCAUUGGGCUUCAACACUGAUGAAGUGGUUAGAGCUACCAAUGUAUGCUUUGCAAUCUUGGCCGUCAAGAUGUGUAUGAGCAAACGCUUCAAUAAACGACCAGAGAGCCCCGAAAAAAUGAAGCUGAAAAACGUUUGGAUUGAAGGAGUGGAUAAAAUAUCAGAGAACACCGCCCUUCCCGAGAGUUUUGAUCGAAGCAAGAAGACCGGCGUAAUUAUCCAUGGCUACUUGGUGGAUACGUCACUUCUCGAAAUACGAGCCCUUGCAGUCACUCUUAGACAGAGGAAACACAAUGUUUUGCUGAUUGACUGGGCUUUGGGAGCGGGAGUGAACUACGCUCAAUCCGCCUCUAACGUUCAAACUGUCGGGGCUUACGUCUAUAGAUUUCUGAAAAAGAACAAGAUUCCGUGGGACAAGGUUCAUAUCAUCGGUCAAGGCUUGGGAGCACACGCUGCUGCGGAGACCGGGAAACUUUCAAAGGGAAAGAUUGGCCGUAUUACCGGUCUGGAUCCUGCGAGUCCUUUGUUUGAAUCUUCUAAGUUUGGGAUAAAUAAAAACAGCGCCCAGUUUGUUGAUAUCAUUCACACAGAUGCUCGACCGAAUGGUUAUGGAAUGAGAAAACCAUGCGGUCAUUUGGAUAUUUACGCCAAUGGUGGAAGAAGGCAACCAGGAUGUACCUAUAACCCGAAAAAACCUGUCAGCAUCGAUAGUCUAAAAAAAGCCACAUUUCACAAAGCUUGUGGACAUUUGAAAGCUGUAGAAUAUUACGUGGAGUCAAUUUCGGACAAGUGUAAACUCCGAGCCUGUGAAUGUACAUAUAAGAGAUUCCUUGCGGCUAAAUGUAGUCCCAACAAGUGUGUGUUCUGGGGUUAUGACGCUAAGAAAGAAUCUGAAGGAAUGUACUACGGUGUUACCGCCACCGCCUACCCGUACUGUCGAACAAACGGUUCUGAGUGAAGUCAGAUUCCUUAGUGUCCAAUGAUUUUUUCCUAAUGUUAUGUUAUGACAAUCUCUGAUUAGUUUAUUGAUUUCAAAAGCAUUAAAUUCAUCUACAAUA